AUGGGCAAAGUGGUCUUCUACGAGGACAGGAACUUCCAGGGGCGCUCCUACGAGUGCAUGAGCGACUGCUCGGACAUGUCGACCUACCUGAGCAGGUGCAGCUCCUGCAGGGUGGAGAGCGGCUGCUUCAUGGUCUACGACCGACCCAACUACACUGGGAACCAGUACUUCCUGAGGAGGGGCGAGUACGCCGACUACAUGUUUUUUGGCAUGAGUGACUCCAUCCGGUCCUGCCGUAUGAUCCCUCAGUACCGAGGCUCGUACAGGAUGAGGAUCUACGAGAGGGAGAACUUCCAGGGCCAGAGCUACGAGCUGAUGGAGGACUGCGACAACAUCCAGGACCGCUACCGGAUGUCCGACUGCCGGUCCUGCCACGUGAUGGACGGCUACUGGCUGGCGUACGAGCAGCCCCACUACAAAGGCAGGAUGGUGUACCUGAGGCCCGGGGAGUACAGGAGCAUGAGGGAUGUGGGAUACAGCGGCAUGAAGUUCAGCUCCGUCAGGCGCAUAACAGAUUCCUGCUGA